AUGGCUACUCGCCGCAUUGUCAACUCGGAAAAGACAAUCCUGGAAAAGGACGAUACCGCCGAGGAAAAGUCCAACAUUAGCCCCGCUGUCCCAAAGGAUGUCAUUUUCAAGCUUCUCGGCUUCUCAGCUGCCAUGAUUAUCGUCCCUAUCGGCUCGUACUUUGCAACCGUGCAUACAGUCUUUAAAGGAAAUUCAUCGCUGGCCGGUGGUAUGGCUGCUGUUCUGGCCAAUGUAGUGCUCAUUUCAUACAUAAUUGUAGCAAUGAAGGAGGAUCAAACAGAGUCCAAACCUGAGAGCAAAAAGACACAGUAA